ACGUGGCCUUUUUUGUUCUCUUUUCUUUUCACUCCUCCCCACCCCGCCCGCUUUCUCCUCCUCCCCCGACAACGACUCCGUCCCAAGCGAAAGCCAAGAAGCGAUUUCUAGGGUUCCGUCGAGCUUCCCCCCACCCCUGCCGCGCCGCGCCCCGAGGAAAUUAUACAAUCUGAAUGAAUUAGUGGUGGCAGUCGUGUGAGUGCAAGAGUCAUGGCGCUCGAGGAUUUCUUUACUCUUACUGAGAUGAAGGAUGGCAUUUCAACCGUUGCAAGAAUCGGAGAGCUCAUCUCUGAAAUCCAGAAGCUGAAAAAUGCUGUUGCACUUAACAAAGCUGACUUGGUUAGGCAAUGUUCAGCAGCUGCAAACACACUAGCGUCCACCAAAAACGAAGAGUGUCUGCAGCACUUCGUUCAGCUAAAUGGUGUUGGUUUUCUCAACCAAUGGCUCCAGGAUGCUCAAAAUUGCAGCAAGGAUGUCAGUAGUUCAGCAGAAGAUCUAAUACUUGCAGUAUUAACUGCACUGGAGUCUCUUCCAGACAGUUUGCAGUCUACUUACGGUGAAGUUCUGCCUACUGUUCAGCUUCUGCUUGCUCAUGCAAACAGCAAGAUCAACCAGAAGGCAAGAGUUGUCUGUCAGAAAUGGAGCAGCACACAAAAAUGUUGUACGGAUAGCCAGGAAUUGGGUACAGAAGUGGCAAGACAGACAGAUCAACUUAAACUCUCAGAAGCCAGCCAGAAGACACAAGAUGAUAAACAUGAUGGAGCAAAUGAAGCUGUGAUUGCAGAAAAUGAAUCAAGACCUGAGGUGGUGACAUGCCCAGGUGUUCCUUUGACUAAUCCAUCUAUCACGAAUGAUAAUAGAGAGCUGAUGAAGCAACCAAGUGCCCUAACCUUCCAAAAUUCCACAAAUGGAAAUGCCAUUUUAGGGGAUAUGAACCCCUUGGUAUCAUCUGUCAUAUCUAAUGGCGGUUCAGAAAAGUUACCAGUCACUGAGGAGACUUCCGCUGCAAAUGAUAUAGGCCUCGCCACUAAUGGCUUGCUCCGAUCAGACUCUCUCAGUGCAAAGAGUGGUGUUGGGCAAGUUGCACCACCAGAUGUGACUGCAGAGGCCAAGUCUCCAGAGCCUAACAAGUCAGAACGUUCAUUUGGUAGUAGAAAAAUGGAUGUGGAGGACCAAACUGUUCCAGCUAACUUGGAUAUCAAGAAAGUUGACUGCUUUUCAGCAGAUAUGUCACAGUCCGAGAAGAACACAAUGGAAGAUUUGAAUGAUCUUACAAACGUAAGCCUUGGUAUGCAAGAUUCAGCAGAGGAAGAAAGUAUGGGCAAAGAGGUACCAACAUCAUCAUCUGAUACGAAUGAAGAGGACACUGUCAAUGAAUUGAGGUUGAAGAGGUGCAUGAGCAGCUUUGGAGAUUCCUCAAAGGCACCAGAGACGAAGUUGACUGCACUGAAGGGAGAUAAAUCAACAUCAUUAACAGACUAUGACGAUACUGAUGCACUGGAAGUAGCUCGUCUGGUUGCUAUUGAGGUAGAGCGGGAAGUCAUUGACUACAGAGGGCCAUUUUGUGGUUCUCCUGAUAUUAAUUCCAGACGUUCUGAUAGUCCUGACUUGGGAGCAAGCCAGCAGCCUGAACCACCUAUUGAUGGAUCAAAUGAUAACAAAUCCUCCACUACAGGGGACGAUUCAGGAAGUUCCUCGUCUCUUAAGGAGGAUGGCUCUGGUAUCACGGAUGACAGUGGCCUUUUCAGUAGAAAACGCACACGGAACACAGAACUGGGAGACUUUGAUCUUAAUGAAAAUCAGUGCACUGAGGAAACUGAUUGGCAUACAAAGUCCACUCUCGGUAAUUCUAUUAAUUUAUCAACACCUAUUGCUGUGGCUGCUUCAAGAGCAUCAUCUGUGUUUCCGGCACGACUCCAUUUUGAAGGUGAACAUGGGUGGAAAGGUUCUGCUGCCACCAGUGCUUUCCGUCCCGCCUCUCCUCGGCGAACUCCUGAAGGAGAGAAGUCAACGUCAGCUUCUUCACGGAAAUCAAGCAACAUGUUUGACUUAAAUUUAGCUGAUAGUGGCAUUGCAGUUGCCGGUGAGCCAGUUUCAACAACCAUCCUGCCAACUUCUGGCUUGUCAGCUGUUGAUGUGAGUGGAGGGGUCAAACUUGACCUUAACUUCCCAUGCGGUGAGGAGGAAGCUGCAAUCACUACAACUAAUGUGCCGUCGUUCUGGAAUCGGGAACAAUUCACUGGCAAUUGGAGUCAGCCUUCUUCAUCUUCCUCUUCAAGGCAGCCUGCAGUCAAGAACUUUGAUUUGAAUGACAACAUGUCCCUCUUGUAUGGCUCCGCACGAAGUGUAGGUGAAUCUUCUGUCAAGGUUCCUGGAAUGGAUAAUACAUCAGACCCUUCUGCAGUUACAAUUAUGGGCAAGAGAAUAGUUCUUGGACAGCAAGAACACCGCCACCAAAUCCAGCAUAACUUUCUGGGGCCAAGUGUGGAAUCUACAGUUCCUGCAAGGUCUAUGCAGUCUUAUGCACAUGCACUCCCUGAUCAUAGUGUUGCCAGCUAUCCUUCUCAAUGUGCUCUCUCUUUUCCGCCACCUUUCUAUGCACCAGAUGGUGUUCCUUCCAUGGUCGAUGCAAGGGGUGCUCCGGUUAUGCCACCACUGCCAGGCUUAGGCAUUGGCAUUUCUCAUCCAUCUUUCAGUGGCAGAACAAUUCCACCCUCUUCUACUGAAUUGAGCUAUUUUCAUCCUAGCUUCAAUUAUAGACCCUCACCUGAAGUUGCAAGAAGGGAAGAAGGGAACUACUGGCAUGUGUGGGAAGAACGCAUGAGAAACAUGCCGCAGGGUGGCAGUACUUCCGGGGUGCUACGGAAGCGAAAAGAGCCAGACUUGGGUUGGGAUCUGUAUUCAGGUCGCUAGGCAUGAGGUCCAUUGCAACAACUGUCAUCAUUAUUUGGUUUGUUCGAUGUACCGUUAGCGCGGAACUUUGGGCACUCUGGGGUAUUUUUUUUGGCGUCGGAAAUUGGGUCCGGCUCUAUUAGGUUGGAAGACAUGAGAGGAUUUCUAGUACUACACAACGGCUUGUGGUACUGCCAAACUACCAUGUUAUCUGGAUCAUAAGAUGUGAACAAAAUGACAGAAAGUCACAGAAUUGGCUCGGUGACUCACUAACACCUCUGGCUCAUAUCCAAUUCGCACCCCCAAAAAUUCUGGUCCUUGCAAAAUUAAGUCAGUCCUCCCAGCUUCAGACUCUCGUUAGGCUAGGCUGCUGGCCUAGAUCUGGACUGCCUGCCCUGGCGGCCACCACUGGAGCUGGACUGCAUUGGAGGUGAACUAGCUGCCGUCUUGUUCCUCCAGGAGAUCCGGGAAUGUUGGCUGUGUAUGUUCAUCAUGCUGCUGAACUGCCAUUCUUGUAUUCAUCCAACCUCGAUUCAUGGCUUGAAAUGACCCUUUGUAGGUGAUGGAAGAGUAACUGUAGGAAGGCAGGUGAUCAAUGUUAUUUAUGGUUUCUGGUUCAGUGCUUCCAACUGUGUUAGCUCCCAGUGGUAAUAAAGCAGGGGACGAGACCUUGAGUUUGUAAUAGAAAUGAACAUAGUUGUGAAUAUAGAACUCGUCAUCUAGCUGCUGCUUUUACCAAAUUCACAUUCAUGACUUGUUGAUUGUUCACCGAACAAAACAGUUGUACAUCUUAAAAUCAUAUGUUGUAGUUGUUUUUGUUAGUACC